GUCUCCCCUGUGCCCCCCCUCCAGGCAGCCCCUCUCUCAUGCCGGAUAGGGCACAGCCAAGGUGACGCUCCCUGCCAGCUGGCGGCGGGCGCCCCGUCUUGCCCCCAUCACACCUUCCCUCCCCAAACUUCGCAGCCCCUGGGACGUGCGCGGCUCCCUCCGGGCAGCAUGCGAGGCAAUGGGAGCGCGCUGAACGGCUCUUCCCCGCCGCGGGACGAGCUCACCUUGGACAGGCCCCCCUGGGUGUCUUCCACCUUGGCCGCCAUCCUCAUCUUCACCAUCGUGGUAGAUAUCCUGGGCAACUUGCUGGUGAUCCUGUCCGUGUACAGAAACAAGAAGCUGAGGAACGCGGGCAAUGUCUUCGUUGUCAGCCUAGCCAUCGCUGACCUGGUUGUGGCAAUCUACCCAUACCCUCUGGUCCUGACAUCUAUCUUUCACAAUGGAUGGAACCUGGGAUACAUCCACUGCCAGAUCAGUGGGUUUCUUAUGGGCCUGAGUGUUAUUGGAUCCAUAUUCAACAUUACUGGAAUUGCAAUUAACCGAUAUUGCUACAUCUGCCACAGCCUCAAGUACGACAAGCUGUACAGCGACAAGAACUCUUUGUUCUAUGUCAUCCUUAUUUGGGUCCUGACAUUUGUUGCCAUUGUGCCCAAUCUUUUUGUUGGGUCCCUUCAGUAUGAUGCCAGGAUCUACUCAUGCACCUUCUCCCAGUCGGUGAGCUCUGCGUACACAAUAGCUGUUGUGUUUUUCCAUUUCAUGCUCCCAAUAGCCAUAGUUACAUUUUGCUACUUGAGGAUAUGGAUCCUGGUCAUUCAGGUACGGAGGAGAGUUAAACCUGACAACAAACCCAAACUAAAGCCACAUGACUUUAGGAACUUUGUCACCAUGUUUGUGGUGUUUGUACUCUUUGCCGUCUGCUGGGCUCCUUUGAAUUUUAUAGGCCUUGCGGUGGCUGUCAACCCAGAAACAAUAAUUCCCCAAAUUCCAGAGUGGUUGUUUGUUUCCAGUUACUACAUGGCAUACUUCAAUAGCUGCCUUAAUGCUAUCAUCUAUGGACUUCUGAACCAGAAUUUUAGACGAGAAUACAAACGAAUUAUUGUGACAAUUUGUACAGCAAAAAUUUUCUUCCAGGACAGCUCAAAUGAUGCAGUCGACAGGAUGAAAAGCAAGCCCUCGCCACUGAUCACAAACAACAAUUUAGUCAAGGUUGACUCAGUGUGAAAAAAGAAACCUUGUUAACUGACAAUUUAUAGACACUCUGAUGUACUCAAAUGUCAAAUCUGUUAGCCUCAUGGUUCAAGCUCUGCAAUUAAACACUGGUCCUCUAAUGUACAAUUGCACUCAGAUGAGAUUAUAUGUAUAGUAUUUUUGAGCCAAAGUAACAGUUUUUAAGGUAAAGUUCCUCCUAUUGCACUACAUGCUAUGUUUCAAUACAGUGGACAUGAUCCAGCCAAAGUUAAGCACCUCAGACCCAUCAAUGCCAGAGGGAUAGUUAAGCAUGCAAUUAAUAUCUCCCUUUGAAAUUAUUGGGGUUUAUGUAUUCUUUUCCUUCGGUUGAGUAAUUCCUAGUGAUUCGCUGAUAUACAACUGUAGGCUAUUAUGGAAUUAAAGAGCAAAUCAUUAUAAAUCUUUUGUUUAAGUAAGCACUAGAGAUGGAUUGGAACUAACAAAGACAUGUUACUUGGAUUUUUAAACAACAAAAAAACAAAGCACCACCCCAAUCUUCGUAAACUAUAAUCUAAUGCUGCAAAGCAUAAGCAUAAAUACAUGUAACUAGAAAUAAUAUAUAUUUUUUAAAGAUACAAGGAACUGCUGUUAAAUUAUCAGAGUAUAUACAUCGCUAAACCACAGGAUGACAAGUUGUUGAAAAGAGUUCUGUAUGGCAGGGAAACUCUUAAUUUUAUGGAGGAACAAAGCCUCCAGAAGCACUCAGGUGUGUGUAUGUGUGUAGAAUCUGGACAGUGAGCACCAAGGAUGAAAGGCCUUUCAGCCCCCACCCCCACCGCUGAUAAGGAAUGGUGAGGCAGGCGGGUCACUGAGUCUCACUUCAAAAAAGAAACCGAGGAGCAUCUUCUCGGUCAUAAUAUGGCGGUUGCCUGUUCAAAUGAUCUUUUGAAGUAUUGAGAUUAGAGAGAUGCAUACUAAAUUGCAUUCCUGUGCUAUAAAACCUAGAGGACAAUCAAAAGACUAAAUUAGCGUACGUGGAUGAAAAACUAAUAUUUUCAAUUUAGCAUCUUGCAAUACAGUAUUUCCAAACCUAAAAAUACUCCUAACAGAAGGGGUAGAAUAUGAAAGAGAGUGCUGUUGCCCUUGCGUCCUGGUUGCAGGUGUCACAGAGGCAUCUGGUUGGCCACUGUGAGUACAGGAUGCUGGGCUAAAUGGGUCUUUGGUUCAGGUCCAGCACGGUUUUUCUUGUUUUCUUAGGACUUGGCUCUUCCUUUCAUCAAUGAACCUCGUGCCAGAAACUGGCAAUAAUCUGUUAGCGUACCUCGUUGUUCCAUAUAGCACCUGUCGUUAUCAGCCUGGAGGGAAACAGACAUUUCUGGGAAAGCAUAAACCUGUGAUCAUCAUCAUCAUCAUCAUUUGUAAUUUGCAUGGCAAAAUAACCAAACAAAAGUUACCCCUAAGAAACUAGUGGGAGCUUUUCUUGCAAUGCAAACUGCAGGCCGAAGGACCUUGAUCCAGAUACAGACUGCAGUGGGCGAGAAAGGGUUAAAUCCCAUGCUAUGGUCUGGAUUGGGGCCUCCAUGCUGACAAGUGGUGUAUUUGUUUGGGGAGCUGCAUUCAGGGCAGAACUGUGCAGUUCAGGUUACAUGCAGUUUGCCCCUUCGUCACCCACUAACCUGUAUCUUCAAGCAUGGUCCAUGAUGCUGCGUAUAAGUUCAAACCAUCUCUAAGUCAAGUAGGGUGGGGGAAUAGUUUGAUUUUUUUUUAGUUGUAAGUUAUAAUUGUAAAGUAUAGCUAAACGGAUUUAUCAAAUCACUUCUAUAUACUAUAUUCUCAAAUAUUUUGUUUCCAUCACUAGAUACAAUGCCUUUUCAAGCACUAAAUAUUCACCAUACUCUAUAGAGCUCUGUAAGAUCUAGGCAUACGAU